CUAACUAGAUGAAUCUAGAAAAAACCCUAUUGACUGACGUGUUCAUUUUCUGUUUGUGUUUAUUCGAAAUCGAAAAAAUAGUAGGGUAUAUCACUGACAUCAGCAUUAGUUGCAAUCAGAGACCCAUUUUCAAAACUUGUGAAUUUCGAGAACUGCAAAGUGAAUAUUAAUAAACCUGAAAUUGUGGCUAUAUCAAAAAGGAUAAAAAAAGUUGAGAAUCAACAUUAAAUCAGUUCAUUAUGGCAACAGCAUCUGUGCAUUCAUUCCUAAAUUCCUUUAACAAUAAACUUGAAGAACCAGUCAGGCAACAUCUAAAAAAUGUGUACGCCUGUUUAACAAUGUCAACAAUGGCGGCGGCCAUCGGAUCCGCCGUUCACCUAUAUACAAACAUUCAAGCAGGAUUUCUAUCAGCGAUAGGAGCUUUGGUAUUUUUCUUUCUUUUGAUGAGUACACCUGAUGACAAUGGCAAAGGACUGACUACAAGAGUUGGAUAUCUCCUAGGUUUCACUUUUCUUACUGGAGUUGGUUUGGGCCCUCUUUUAGAACAUGUAAUUCUAGUUGAUCCCUCAAUUAUAGUAACAGCAUUUGUUGCUACUUCAGCUGUGUUCAUGUGUUUCUCAAUUUGUGCUAUGUUGUCAGAAAGAGGAAAAUGGUUGUACCUAGGUGGUACCUUGAUGAGCCUAUUGACCACCCUGAUGGUUUUAUCUUUCGCAAAUCUUUUCUUUGGCGCUGCAUGGAUCCACCAAACACAAUUGUACUUGGGAUUGGUAGCUAUGUGUGGAUUUGUACUUUAUGACACACAGGUCAUUAUUGAAAAACGUAGGAUGGGAAGCAAAGACUUUGUUGCCCACUCUCUGGACUUGUUCGUUGACUUCAUUGGUAUUUUCAGAAGGCUACUUAUUAUUCUGACCCAGAAGGAACAGGAAUCGAGGAAGAAGCAGCGAAGAAACUGAAACAGAAUAAUUUCUGCAACAGUGGGAUGUUUCUUAUGAGACUAAAUUGUGAUUAUAUGAUUUUCAUUCAAUAA